GACGGUUGCGUGUAUAUACAGCAAACAGUUCCUGAAAUAGAGCAGAAUGCCGACGCCUUUGGAUCGCGCACUGAACUCCAAGAACCUAUUCCUAGGUUUUACUGGAAUGGUCACAGCGGCCGCCGUCUGGGCCAUCUGGGGUAGUGACAUGUUUCCCGCUGCAUCUGACCCGACUGGAGACCCUGAGAAUUGGACUGUAGAUGAAAUGUUGGGAUGGCUUCGUGUGAGGGGCCUUUUGCCCAAUGAACACGCAACGCGCGAGGAGUUGCUCGAGCGCAUCAAAGCAAAUCUGCGAGUGCCGCGAAGAUCCGCAGCCUGACCACGGUAGCGAGAAAGGCAGCAAUUCAUUUGUUUCGGGAUUUGUUCGCUUGGCGUAUCAGGGAUGAAAUUUCCUUUCGUUGACCAGCUUUGGCCCAAAUUGCGUAAUCGUGUGGUUGGAUAAUAUCGCAUAAUGUUCAUCGUCUCCAUCGAACGUCGGUGAGAUGCUGGGCUUAUUUCCUCGUACAUAGUUUUUUGAUAACCAUUCAAACGACAAGUCGAAAAUUUUGGGUUUG